CCGUCGGCGUCAUGGACCCCUUUAUGAUGGGCGGAUACAUGGGACCUGCUGGCGGUUCACUUGCUCCUAUCCGUGCGGGCCACUUUCUUCCAGGCGCUCAUCACGGUAUAGGCUUUGGUCUACACGCGGGCGGUAUACCAUACCCACCACCUCCUCCUGGCGCCAUUGCGGGCGUCGUACCCCCCUUUGCUCCUGCAGCGCCGCUGUGGGCAGGCGGCGGUCUCGCUUUCGGUAACGUACCUGCUGUAGGCGGCGUCGUUGGUGGAGUUAUGCCUGGUAUAAUGAUGGGCGGCGGUAUGAUCCCUGCUAUGGUGGCCCCUGGUAUGACAGGCGCCCAACACUUCCGUCCAGCACCCAUGUUCCAUGACGGAAACCGCGGACACCCAAAUCAGCCUGCACAGCAAGAUGUCGGUCAGAUCGCUGGCGGUAUCCCCCCGGGCGUCAUGCUUGUCGAGUCGGCUGAACACACCAUCUUCUACCGCAUCACGGGCAAUAUCUGCCCUUGGCUUUCUCCUGGUUCACCACUGCCGUUGGAACCGCUUGCUGCGGCUAGUACCACCGGUCUCAACCGCCUCAUUCAGAUCUGCAAUGAUGGUACGCCCGAAGACGAGUUGGAGCAUUGCGCGGUUACGGAGUGUAUUGAGCUGGGUAAUGGUAUGUGGGAGAAGGGUCAGACGUUCAAGUAUAACGAUGCGGUUUCUAGGGUUUUGACGAUGAAGGAUGCCGGUUGGGACAAUACGAGGAACAGGCAGAACGGUAACACCCUUCAUCUUUGGGGCCACCGUCUCUAGACGCUGGUUGGGUGUUUUGUAUGGUGCCGAAGAAGUCCGCUGCUCUUAGUAGUCUUUGAAAUUUCUCGCUACUGGCAUGGAUUGCGAC